AUGGAUCCCUUUAGAAACAUUUUCAGCAUAGAAGGAUGCAGCAGUAGUGAAUCUGGUUGGACAACAUACAUUGCAUCUCCCAUGCAAGAAGAUGAUGCUGAAUGCAGAAAUAUUGAAGAUGCUGAUUAUGACAACCAUAAUCGCAUUACAUAUCACACAAAGGAUAAAAUAGGCAAAGAUGACAACGAGAGUGAUGAUUCCAUGGCUUCUGAUGCUUCCUCUGGCCCAAGCCAUCAUCAUUACCUUGUUUCUUCUAAAAGUAAAGACAGCAAAGCUGCUGCUGGUUUCGGUUUCAAGCACGACAACAAGCAGUCUAAGCACAAGAGCACAAGAAAACAAGAGAAGAAAAGUGGUGAAAAGAGCACCAAGAGGAAGUGA